AUGGCUGCAAUCGCCAUUCUCCAGAUGCUUACAGCGGACAGUCCGUCAGGACAUUCCCUGGCUGCUCGAUUGCAUGAGGAUGUGAAACUAGAUAUUGAUCCCCUCCCUUCAGUCCAGCGGAAAGGUCUAAUCGCUGUAAGCAUCAUGGCUUUCCUGUCAUUCAUUGCAACAGGAGGUCUACUAUCUUUCAUUACAUACCGCCUUAUCUUCUGGAAAGGCUCAUACACCAGGUAUAUCGGUUACAACCAAUACAUCAUUCUCAUCUACAACUUGAUUUUGGCCGACUUUCAACAAUCGCUCGCUUUCCUAAUAUGCCUGAAAUGGAUCGCCACCGACAAGAUCAAGUCCGGCACAGCGGGCUGUUUUCUCCAAGGCAUGUGGCUUCAGAUUGGAGAUCCAGGCAGUGGUCUUUUCGUCCUGGCAAUUGCCAUCCACACGUUCCUCCUUGUUGUUUGGGGUCGCAAGAUGUCUCACAAAACCUUCAUCUGCUUCGUUUGCGGUGUAUGGCUUUUCAUCGCUGUCAUUGUCAUCAUUCCAAUUGCUAUGUACGGAGCUGAUGUAUUUGUUCCAUCGGGCGCCUGGUGCUGGAUCAACGAAGAUUACGAAACGGUUCGCCUUUGGACUCACUACAUCUGGAUUUUCUUCGCUGAAUUCGGUACUGUCGUUCUCUACGCUGUGAUGUAUUUCCAGCUCCGCAAACAGAUUUCCCAAUCGUCAAUCUUGGGUAACAGCCAACUCGAAAGUCUGAAACGCUUACGCCGCGUCGUUGGAUACAUGACCAUCUACCCCAUCGUCUACAUCGUUCUUUCACUUCCCCUCGCAGCCGGUCGCAUGGCCACGGCAAAUGGCAACAACCCAUCCCUCACUUUCUUCUGCUGCGCUGGUGCCUUCAUGACAAGCUCAGGUCUUGUAGACGUCACUUUAUACACCCUCACCCGCCGCAACCUCAUCAUCGACUCUGAGCCCAGCCAGGACCGGUCGUACAACAAGUUCGCGAGCAGCAAAGGACGCCGCGGAGAUAACCUGACUACCAUCACCGCCGAGCCCAAAUCCAGGAAACACGCCAUCCACGAGAACACCGAUCUCGAUGGCUCCACUGACAAUAUCGUUCAGCCCAGCGUCGAAAUGGGACCCAUGGGCAAGGUGUACCAGGAGACAACCAUCGAAAUUACAAACGAACCGGCAUCUGCAUACCAAUCAGAGGGUGUCAGUGAACGCUCCAGCAAAGACGACUUUGCUGAACCUUCCUCUCGGACGUGGAGGCGAUGA